AAAAACGUAAAAAAAAAAAAUAAACCACUACACUACAGGUGUUUUAACUUAACUUCUCACAAAUAAAACUUACACCGUCCAUCCACUACAUUAUCUUCGUCUUUCAUCUCCAAACUCAACACUCCAUCAUCUUCCCCAAAUUUCUAGGGUUUAAGCCGCCUGCAACUCCAACUACCAAUGGCCGCUUCAACCGUCCACAUCAAUCCUCUUCUAUCCACCUCAACUAACAAAUCCUCCAAAUCAGUCUUAUUCGGCAAAGGGCUACGUACCUCCGUUUCAUUCUCUCAACAAAUAAAGCUCAAAAAGAGCCGCAACAAUGGUGGCCUCAGAGUUGUUGCAGAGAAGGUCGUCGGAAUCGACCUCGGAACUACUAAUUCCGCCGUCGGAGCGAUGGAAGGCGGUAAGCCGGUUAUUGUGACGAACGCUGAAGGACAGCGGACGACGCCGUCCGUGGUGGCGUACACGAAGACUGGAGACCGGUUGGUUGGACAGAUUGCCAAGAGGCAGGCGGUUGUGAAUCCGGAGAAUACGUUCUUUUCGGUGAAGAGGUUUAUUGGGAGGAAGAUGUCGGAGGUUGACGAGGAGUCGAAGCAGGUUUCGUAUACGGUUGUGAGAGAUGAGAAUGGGAAUGUGAAGCUUGAUUGUCCUGCUAUUGGGAAACAGUUUGCUGCUGAAGAAAUUUCAGCUCAGGUUUUGAGGAAGCUUGUGGAUGAUGCUUCUAAGUUUUUGAAUGAUAAGGUUACUAAAGCUGUUGUGACCGUGCCGGCUUAUUUUAAUGAUUCUCAAAGGACGGCGACGAAGGAUGCGGGUCGGAUUGCGGGUCUUGAAGUUCUCAGGAUUAUUAAUGAGCCUACUGCGGCUUCUUUGGCUUAUGGUUUUGAAAGGAAGAAUAAUGAGACUAUAUUGGUGUUUGAUUUAGGAGGUGGUACGUUUGAUGUUUCAGUUCUUGAGGUUGGUGAUGGAGUAUUUGAGGUGCUGUCUACUUCUGGAGAUACACAUCUUGGUGGGGACGAUUUUGACAAGAGAAUAGUAGAUUGGCUUGCUGCAAGUUUCAAGAAAGACGAAGGCAUAGAUCUACUUAAGGACAAACAAGCUUUACAACGUUUGACUGAGACAGCCGAAAAGGCUAAAAUGGAACUUUCAACUUUGACACAAGCAAAUAUUAGUUUGCCUUUCAUCACUGCCACAAAUGACGGUCCCAAACACAUUGACACCACUCUUACAAGGGCAAAAUUUGAAGAAUUGUGCUCAGAUCUACUAGAUAGGCUUAAAAAACCAGUUGAAAAUUCUCUAAGAGAUGCAAAGCUUUCGUUCAGUGAUCUAGAUGAAGUGAUACUUGUUGGUGGUUCAACACGUAUUCCAGCUGUUCAGGACGUUGUUAAGAGUCUGACUGGAAAGGAACCAAAUGUUACUGUUAAUCCUGAUGAAGUUGUUGCCUUGGGAGCUGCAGUGCAGGCUGGUGUUUUGGCUGGAGAUGUGAGUGAUAUCGUUCUACUUGACGUGACGCCCCUAUCCAUUGGUCUAGAAACCCUUGGUGGUGUGAUGACAAAGAUUAUCCCAAGAAACACAACCCUUCCCACUUCAAAGUCAGAGGUUUUCUCAACAGCCGCUGAUGGUCAAACAAGUGUCGAAAUUAACGUUCUUCAAGGCGAAAGAGAAUUUGUUAGAGACAAUAAGUCUCUUGGUAGCUUCAAGCUUGAUGGAAUCCCCCCUGCUCCACGUGGUGUCCCGCAAAUCGAGGUCAAGUUCGACAUCGAUGCAAACGGUAUCUUGUCUGUCACCGCCAUUGAUAAAGGCACAGGAAAGAAGCAAGAUAUCACCAUUACCGGUGCCAGCACACUUCCUAAUGAUGAGGUACAAAGAAUGGUUAACGAAGCAGAGAAGUUUGCAAAAGAAGACAAGGAAAAACGAGACGCGAUAGACACAAAGAACCAAGCGGAUUCAGUGGUUUACCAGACGGAAAAACAGUUGAAAGAAUUGGGAGAUAAGGUUCCAGCCGCUGUUAAAGAAAAAGUCGAGGAGAAACUUGGAUCGCUCAAGGAGGCUAUAUCUGGUGGGUCGACACAGACCAUAAAGGAUGCGAUGGCUGCUCUUAACCAAGAAGUUAUGCAGCUUGGACAGUCACUGUACAACCAGCCUGGUGCACCGGCUGCGGAUCCUACUUCUGGUGAUGCACCGGGUGCUCAGUCCUCUGAGUCUUCAAGUAAGGGACCUGAAGGGGAUGUUAUUGAUGCGGAUUUCACCGACAGUAAUUGAGUCAUUUUACGUUCAUUAUUGAGGUAAUAAUAGUUGAAGCCUGAUUUUCAAGUUUGAUAAUUUUCAUUUAACUUGUCUAUAAGGGUUUUCAUUUUUAUUGUUUUUAUCA